AGGUACGGCAACCCAUAACGUAAGGAAGUCAUAAGGAGAAGGAGAAAAAGAGAGAGACCUAAGGUACGACUGACUGUCCCUACCUUAAGGAAUUCGAGAGAGAAACUUCCAAGUGGUCGACGUGUUGCUGGCGGUGCUGCUGCUCUCCCCGUCACCACCCCGCGCCCUCGGUCAACACGACAACAAGUGCCGGCCAGACAUGAUCCAGGGUAACGCCCAAACCAUGGAGGACAAGUGCGCGUGUUUCUCGCAGCCCAACACGGGGGACAUGGAGUUCUACAGUCCGCUCUUCCCUAACAACUACCCCAACAGCACCGAGUGUGUCCUGCGGCUGGAAGCCAAGCACGGUUACUUCAUCCGCAUUGACUUCCGGGACUACUUCGACCUGGAACCGUCGCCGAAGUGUGAGUACGACUUCCUGGAGGUGCGGGACGGGGCGCACGGCUACUCAGACCUGCAGGGGAAGUACUGCGGCGAGGACUUCCCGCCGAUCAUCACCUCCAAGGGCCGCUACCUCUGGCUGCGCUUCACCUCAGACGAGAACAUCCAGUACAAGGGUUUCAGGGCCGUCUACUCCUUCAUGAAGAACCCGGAACCGCUACAACCAGAGGAGCCGCAGUGUGAAUUCGAGAUGUCGGGCAUGCAGGGGCUCAUCUCCCACGACAACAUCACUGAGGAGCGGCUGAACUACACCAUCACCUACAACCAUCCCAUAGAUUGCACGUGGGUCGUCAAAGUCAAGCCCAACGAGAAGAUCUACGUUUUCUUCGAGACCUUCAAGUUGUAUGAGCCCAACGAGUGUGACCAUAACUUCGUGGACAUCUUUGGCGCGGGGACGGACCUGCGCAACCUCAUCAGCCACUACUGCGGCUCUGUGGCAGACCCGCUCGUCAGCCCCUCCAACCUGAUCCAUUUACGCUUCUUCGCCCUAGAACGAGCCCGGGAGACGCAGUUCCGCGCCUGGUUCACCUCCUUCAGGGACAGCAACCAGACAGAGGGGCUUCCUCCGUGCACCUCCAGAGAGUUUUACUGCGACGACGCCACCUGCAUCCACAAGUCCCUUAGAUGCAACGGGAUCAAGAACUGCAGGAACGAGUACGACGAGGAGGACUGUAAUGUGCUGGACAACAUCAGGUUCAACAUCCACUCAGACCACAUCAUCAUCAUCCUGACGCUGGGCUGCAGUCUGCUAGGCGGCAUGUGCUUCGCCAUGUGCUUCAACUGCAUCAGGAAGCUCAUCCGAGACGGCAGGCAGAUCCACGAAAACAUCCGGAGAUCGCGGGAGCAGCUGGAGGAGCGCAGUCAGCGAAGCCAAAGCCUCUCCGCCACGUCGUCGCCUCAGACCUCGCACCGGCCGCCCAUGAACGACGCCGGGCCGUGGUACAUCGCCGACGCCAAGAGCAACGGCCACCCGCACAUCAGGCCCGAGUCAGAGAGCGAGAGUGAAGGCGACGACGACGAGGACGAGGAAGAGUUAGACGACCUUGAAGAAUCGUGUGUUGAGAUGCGAGAUUGCGAGUGUCAAACCAGGGACUCGCUCAUCACGCAACGAGACUCCGGCCAGACGCAGCUCCCCAUGACACCCCCGCCCCCUCCCCCGCCAAACAGACGCCCCCCUGGACUACCGCUCCUCAGCUCCGGGCCUCCUCCCUCCGUUCCUACCCCGCCACCUCCUCCAGGAACUCACUACGGGAGGUCACCAGUGGCGCCCCCAGAUCACUAUGGCACCUACGGGCGGCCGCCAGUGCCCCGCCACAACGACCCAUACGAGGUAGAGGACCAUUCAGACACGUACAGCCAGCGCUACCGGGCGGAGGCGGUGAUUGAGAUGAAGGAGCGGGGCCACUACGAGCCCACUAAGUCCCCUAAGACCACGCCCGAUGUCCUCGCCACCCACUGAGUCUUGGCAGCGGUCAGAAACCCAUGCAUUUCCUCCCCCGUCUGCUGGAAACUGGCCGUGCGUGGGUCUGACGCGUUAUGUUGAAUCUUUCCAUCCGCGGGUAUCACUUUCCCCCCACAUAUGACUCGCAGCGGCCUAUGUAUGGGCUUCCUGUGGCCGUGGGAACAACUGCUGGUGAAGCCCCGUCACUGGUGAGGUGCAGGCGAGGCAGGUGAGGCAGUAUGUGGGCGAGCGGAGCACCUCGUCCCCUCCCACCUCCCACUGUUACACAGGAGGAAGAAAAGUGACCACCUCCCCCACAACCACCAUUCUUACUCAUACAAUGCCUGCCAGCGUUUGACAAUGAAUGUUUUGAUGGAGAAACUGUUAUUUGUGGCUUUCCUCUCACUGGGCAAGACAGUUUGUAUGCUUGUGUCAGUGUCGCUGAGUCUGGAAGCAAUAGCAGUGGCUUGAUAUCACUGUCAAGAUGUCCAUUACAGUGUUGCUUUGUCCCAAUUCGAGUGUGGUGGAUGACACGGGCCUCGAACGUUGAUGUGAAGCAACACCAUCCUAAGUACAACACCUCACGACCCUAACCAACACUAGUCACGCAGUACUUGGCGUUUAAAUACGUUAUAGAUAAAUUAAAGUACUCACACAAUGAGGAUGCCCAGGUAAAAGCAAAAGACAUUGAGUCAUCAGUACCAGGGGAACCUUGAGCCAGUCAUCAUGCACCAGGCACCAGACACCAGGCAGCAGGCAGCAACGAGGUGGAGUCUGCCAGCCCUCCCUGCCGCCCCGCCUGCCCCACCGCCGUGCCCUCAACCCCCCACAGAUGGCGGCCUCGGAGAACCCACCGGCUGCGCACCACCGUGGCUCACCCUGGACGUGUCAGUGUUGCCGUGGCUGCCAUAACCAUACUGCCCAUUUUGUGGAUCACCCGUUGGGAGGAAGCUCCCAUGUUUUCACCCAUUAGGACUGCCAUGAGUUUGCCUCCAUGGCUCAUCAAACCAUGAGAAUUAUGAUCACCUCCCAUACCGUUAUAGUAAGACAGACCUGACAUGCGUUUGCUACCAUGAGCUUACAACCAUGAACCACCUACCAUUAAUGUUUCACCGUGUACAGAGCGCCCAUAGGAGUGCUACUAUGUAUCACACACCAUGGGUCUGCUGCUUCUGGGGCCGCCUGCCUGCCUGGGCCCGCCCCGAGACUCCUCUCCUGGCAGGAAGGAUGAGUUAUAGUAGGCAGUGAGUCACGUUGAGGAGCUUGCAAUUCCAUACAGCUUGACCCCUGAGAGAGAGAGAGAGAGAGAGAGAGGGAGAGAGAGAGAGAGAGAGAGAGAGAGAGAGAGAGAGAGAGAGAGAGAGAGAGACCGACCCCAUUCACCCCACCCUCAACAUUUUCCCCAUGUAUACCUCAUAAUCAAUACAUACACACACAGAGUUGUUUAUGUAUUUCCCCGGCUGUCUUGGGGAAAUCCAUUGUUUUGCAUCAUUUUCAUUGUUUGUACCUUCAUGAAGGAGGUUCUCUAUUUUUUUGUCCUGGCACCCAACUUCCAGCGUCGGCAUUAUUUAGACAUGAGGUGAGAGGAGAGCUGCCGACAGCCGGGUGCUUGGAGAUGCUUCAGGAACCGUUAGUAGUUGGUUAAUCAUUGUUACUCGUAGUUGUUUUUUGGUAGACUUGGAGACGACGUCGGUGUUGAGUUCCCCGUUCCUGUGGGUGAAAGACAAGCGAAAGACAGGCGGCGUGACCCGUGCCCCGUGCCGCUCAUGCUGACUGGCCUGCACGUGACUCCACCACCCGUUGAGAUAUUUUGAGUCAUGGAUUAAUUAUUACGUUUGUUCUUUUUUUUUCUUUCUUUUUUUUCAAGCAACUGCUGUUUAGGUUCAGUCCAAGGACCGUAUUGUUUCAGGACCUUCUGUUGUCUUUGGGGGAUGCACUUGUAUGUACCAAGUGUAUGAUUUUCUCGCGAACUUCCCUUGCACAAGGUGACAGACAGACCCCACGGGACGAGAGUGGAGGGUGGCUGUAGUGAGCGUACCUUGCCUUUGUACACCUUGCCACUGCAGACAAGUGCCAGAGUGUCCUGAGAGGGAAAACAAAUUAUUCCCUUUGGCAGAGAGAGGCUUAGUACGUGGGAGUGUGUGGCUGGGUCCCUUGCGUUCCCCCUGCAGGACUCUAGACCAACAACCAUUCAACCACCGUGACAGAAAGAGAUGAGUGUGUAGCUGCCAAAGGAGGGAGGACAAACUGUUCCUUUAGGUGAAGAGAUGCUUAGUACGUGGAGAGUGUGUGGCUAGGGCCUUUGCAUUCUCCCUACAAGGCUCUCUAGACCACGAACCUCUCAUCCACUGACGGGAAGAGAUAGAUGAUCGUGUAGUAGCAGCCUGUACAGAGGACUUGACGGGGGCGCGGGAGGGUGUGACGCAGGAGGCUCCAGUUGUGUACAUAGCAUCUUGAAAUAUACCUGUACAUAGGA